CGUACAUUAAAUGGAUAAAAGAGAGAAUGGCUAAGCCCCUCCCAACAUCAAGGGGAGGAGAAUGUUUGAUUUUUUCCGGGUGUUCCCAAAUUUCACUGAAUAAUAUCCAACAGCAGCCGACUUACCCUGACAGUUCUCUGUCUGAAACCAAAAGGGUAGAUGAUAAGACUUAAAUAUAGGAUCUGGUGAUUGCUAGAAUUACUACACACAUCGCUCGGAUCAUUUUUGGAGGAUUUUGUAGGAUUCCACUGGAAAAAAAGAAUGCCUGGGAUCAUAAGUAAAAAUUCUGAUUUGGAGUUUGACUCCCUACAACCUUGCUUCUAUCCCGAUGAAGAUGAUUUUUAUUUCUGCUGUCCUGACUCCGCUCCACCCGGGGAGGACAUCUGGAAAAAAUUCCAGUUGCUGCCGACGCCUCCUCUCUCUCCUAGCCGGGCAGGAUUGCAAGGGGACCUGGCUUCAGGGUCUACCGAUUCCGGGGCAAUGGGAUUUGGUUCAGGAGACCCGUUGAACUGGGCUUCAGAACUCCUUUUGCUCCCUGAAGACGACCUUUGGGGGACAUCAGAAGGCGACCUCUUUGGAUCUGGACUGGAAAGCAAUCUGAACUCAAUUAUUAUCCAAGACUGUAUGUGGAGCGGGUUUUCUGCCCGUGAAAAACUAGAGAGGGUGGUGAAUGAGACGCUAGGAAAAGCGAUUUCCGCAGUUACCAGUUGCGGUGUGAGUAACAGCAGUGCUGUGAACAAGGAGGAAGCCGAUCUGAACAAUUCGGUAUCCGACUGCGUGGAUCCGGCUGUGGUGUUUCCAUUUCCAAUCAAUAAAAGCGACAGCACCAGAACCGUACCAGGAAUAAGUACACCUCCUGUAACCAACAACGCUGCUGAUGACACCCCUAGUGACUCUGAUGACCAGGAUGAUGAUGAUGAUGAUGAUGAUGAUGGUGAGGAGGAGGAGGAUGAUGAAGACGAGGAGGAGAUUGACGUUGUCACAGUGGAGAAGAGGCGGUCUUCCGCUAACAGGCCUGUGACCACCCUCACCAUCACUGUCCGACCCAAGAACAGCAUGAACACCAGCAACAGCAUCAGCAGCGCAGCCCUGACUAAGCCUCAACAUGAGUUACUCCUCAAACGCUGCGCCCCCAUCCACCAGCAGCACAAUUACGCAGCUCCUUCCCCUUACACAGAGUGUGAGGAGCUGCCUCCUCUGAAAAAAACAAAGAACGAAGUGGCCAGACCAGCCAAGAGCGUGAUGCCCCCGAGGUCCAAAAGCUUGAGUCCCCGCAAUUCUGAUUCGGAGGACAGCGAGCGCAGGCGCAACCACAACAUCCUGGAGAGGCAGCGACGGAACGACCUGAGGUCCAGUUUCCUUACACUAAGGGACCAUGUCCCAGAGCUGGUGAAAAACGAAAAAGCCGCCAAAGUAGUCAUCUUGAAAAAAGCCACAGAAUAUGUACAUUCCCUUGAAGCAGAUGAACACAGGCUGCAGCUAGAAAAGGACAGACUUCAGGCAAGGCGACUGCAGUUACUUAAAAGGUUAGCGCAGACAAGGACUCGCUAAGCCACUUAUCAGGACUCUCACUGCCACUUUUGCACAUUUUUUUGACAUUAAGAAUGUUGGGUUUACUUUCAAUCCAGUCACAUUAAAAAUAUGGAUAGAUCACUUGUUUUCACUUCAGGUUUGAAUUGGCCCUGGACAUACUGCCUGAAUUAAGACACAGACGAUUACAGUUGAGCGGAUGAUGUGUCCUUUUUUUGCCUUUAUACUGAAGUCAGAAAGACUAAGGACAUUUGUGCCAUACUGUGGACACACAUAGCUUAAGGUGGCACUUAACUUUAAGUGGUUCAUUCCUCAUUCUCAGUGGUGCUUACAUUGUAAAGGGUGUAUGUCCGGAGGUAUCUUAACACUUUUGGAUCACCCAAAAUGUUUUAUGUAAAUACCAUUUACACACUCUGCCUUUUUUUUGUACAUUUAAAAAAAUAUAUAUAUUAAAGCUACCAAUAUUAGACUGGAAGUUUAUAUACCUAAAAGUACUGUAAGUCCUCAAUGUUUGAGGAUAAUAAAACUUUGUAUACAAAUCUAUUGUUAAUCUGUUAUGUACCGUACUAAUUCUUACACACCUGUAUACUUUAGUGUGAUGCUGAAACAUAACUAAAUUUGAUACUUAUAUUUUCAUAUGAAAAUGAGUUGUGACUUUUAAGUAGAAUUACUUUAUGCCUUUUUUUUUUUUUGGACUAAAAUAGUUUUCUUUUGUACAGAAAUAUUCUUUAUAAACGUUUACCUAUCAUUUUCUCUUCCUGUUUAUAUGUUUGUUACUGUUGGGUGCAUAGAACUGGGUAAAUUGAAAAGUUCUUUGUUUUAUUGUAUAUUUUGUGCUGCAACUUAUAGCACUUUGAAAUACCUCAUGUUUACGAAAAUAAAUAGAAUAUGGAAA